CCCGCCAGGCGCAUUCUCGGCCUCCCAUAGGCGCCACAGACGCGCUGCCGAACGCCUAUCUCUCUGGUCGUCGUCUUGCGCCCAAAGGACCCUGCAAUUGCAUUCGCCCGCCGCCUAAUCUCGCUGAUAACAGCGUUUUCUUCAGCGCCCACUGGCGAACCAGAGACCACCUUCGUCGUCCGGCCGGCAAUCCCUCUGAUAGCUUGCCGCCGCUUGUUGAAUCCAGGCGACGUCCCACCCCUGAGACGACGUCACAGGACGCUGUUUUGUUUUCUUAGAAUCACUGGGGCGCUUGCCGCAGCGCGGCUGUCGUCUCCAAGGGCCAACUCAAAGGCAUGGCCGACAAGAUGUCCAUCGACACCAAGCCGCCGAACCCUCAUGACCGGGACGAGAGCGAAGAGUCGACUGGUUCCACCCCGGAGAGAGACCAGAACCCGUCCAUGACUGCCGGCAGCGGCAGUACCAUCAUCAACGUCUCCCAAGACGGUCAGCAGCCCAAGAGAAAGGGUGGCCGCAAGCCUAUCUAUGCCACUUCUGAAGAACGCAAACAGCGCAACAGACAGGCUCAAGCUGCCUUCAGAGAGCGUCGCACUGAGUAUAUUAAACAGCUCGAGGAAACCAUCCGUGUCCAUGAGUCCAACUUACACAAUCUACAGGCGGCCCAUCGCACUGCCGCUGAAGAAUGUCUGAUGCUGCGAUACAAGAAUUCGCUUCUCGAGCGUAUCCUCCUUGAAAAAGGCAUCGAUGUUCAAGCCGAACUCCAGGCCAAAACCGGCAGUCCCAACUUGGCGCCCACUCACAUGCCGCAGAACUUGGUCCAGCCACCUCCUCUUCAACGCACCAUGAUGCAUCGACACCAUGCGCGCAAGUCUACCUCCAGCAUUGCUCCCAAGACUGAACCCGGCACGGCUCUUCCACCACCCUUGCAACCCCAUAAAACCGCGCCAUCACCCAAAAAUCGACCAACACCUUCUUCUCAUGCCAAUUCCCCCAAUACGGCGAGCUCGGCAUUCUCUCCCGCGGCCUCAGAUACCUUAUCUAUGAGAGGCUCGAUUUCUGGAUUGUCCCGUCAGCAGAUGACACCCAUCUCCAUCACGACCCCUUCGUCGAGGCAGCCACUGGCACAGGCCGGAUCGAGGGCGGCAAUGGGCUCUGGUGCAUCGUUCUAUCCAACACCUUCAUUCCAAAAUCACAUUGAACAGCUUGAACAAGAAUACGAAGCAGAUAUGGUUGAAGAUUCAGAGAUUGAGACACCAAGCGGUCCUGGCCCAUACCCUGGCGGUUUCAACGGCGAGCAGCAAACGAUGCUUCUCUCUCCAGCUUCCACAGGGCCCGGGCAUCAUGUGACAACGGGUUCCCAGUAUCCCUCAAUGUCUCAACUUCUGGACCAAAACGCAGACUGGGGAGAUCCAUUUGGUCUCAGUGCUAGCAUGGCUUUUCCAGCUCAGCCUUUUCCGUUCGACCAGGGACAUAUGAGGUGAUUGGCAGCUAUGUGACAUCCGUCGGAUGGCCCGAACGAUCCGGUGCUGCAGGGAUCGUUGACUCCCACCUGGAGCUGAAU